GCAACUUUAUAUGUUUGACAUUGUAUUAUUAGUGGGAAAAGUGUAAGUAUAUAAGCUCAGUUGGCGAUAGCUCGAACAUCAGUCGCACAUCUGCAACCGAACACAACUAAUCAAAAUGAAAUCCAUGAUCAUUGUCGCCCUCGCUCUCGUGGCCCUGGCCGCCGCUCACCCCGUCGAAGAAAUCCCAACGAUCCUUCGUUCUGAAACCAACCAGGAUCCCAGUGGUUCCUACGAAUUUGGAUUUGAAACCUCAAACGGUAUCAAAGUUAACGAACAGGGUCAACUGAAGGAAGUUGUGGACGAGGAGAACAAGCCCCACUCAGUCGUCGUUGUUCGCGGUACCUACUCCUACGUCAACAGUGAAGGAAACAAUGAGGUCAUCGAAUACUUCGCUGAUGAGAACGGUUACCGCGCAGAAGGACCCUCCGUCCCCAAGGUGCCCGCCAGGAGAUAAGCUACUACCGACAUCUCAUCGAUAUUAAGUUUAGCUCCAUAGCUUAAUUGA